AUGCAACUUUACAUAAAGACUUCCAAAGGCUGCCCCAAACUGUCAGAAUAUAUAAAUGCUAAACAAGAAAAUGAAUUAAACUCCUCUCUAUCUAUCCAUUCAUCCGUCUCUCCCCUUCCUCUUUCGCAGAUCCACGACUUUCCAAACCCUAGAUCAGACAACAACAACUGCAUUAUGCAACUCUCACUUUCAGUGAAAUUGGGGAAAAGAGGUGAGUGA